GUAAAUGAGUUGCUGGAUGACGUCACGGCGUCCUGUAGCGCGCGUGCGUUCGUUCGGCCAUAGAGUUGUUCGUUGUCUGCGCCUCAACGGCAAGAGAGUUUACAGUAGAUCCGCAUGCCGUAUAUUUCUAAUCUGCUACCUGUUAAACACUACCGUUUUUAGCCCCCGGCUCGCAUUCGAAGAGUGGAAACGAGCUGAAGAAAAAGGACACAUUCAACAGGUUGAUUUGCGUCCUUCAAUGCUUUAGCUGUCCGGUUCCCGUGUACUUCAUUCCCCCUACGGAUUUACAGGAGGAGCGAACAUGCCUUUGGGACUCAGGAAAAAGAAAAACAAGUCGAGGGAAAGCUCGAACUUAGUGGAAAACGAGGAGGUCAGCGGACACGCAGUUGUCGGGAAGUCCGCGGUGAACGGUGGCGGACUCCCUCCUCCACCUGCCAGCAUGCGACCGAAACUGGUGUUUCACACGCAGCUCGCACACGGGAGUCCCACGGGCAGGAUCGAGGGCUUCUCGAACGUCAAAGAGCUAUACAGCAAAAUAGCAGAAGCGUUUAAUUUAAGUCCGGAUGAGUCACUUAAAGAGUACAUCCAAUGCUUUUCUUUUACUCCACAGCCCACAGAGUUUGAAGAGAAGGCAGUGAAGAAAGUGGAUGACCUUCUUGAGAGUUACAUGGGCAUUCGAGACACUGAAUUAGCUGCCACGAUGGUCGAGGUGGGCAGAGAAAAGAAGAACCCUGAUGAGUUUGCCAUGGCUCUGGACGAGGCUCUUGGUGACUUUGCCUUCCCAGAUGAGUUUGUGUUCGACGUCUGGGGAGCCAUCGGUGACGCUAAACAGGGACGGUUUUAAAUGCUGCUACACACACACCCACACCACACCAACCAUUAAAAAAAACUUAGCCGAAAUCAAGAUCAUCCUGUUCAGAGUCAUGCACUUUAUAGCUAGCAUGCUGAACAUUUAAAUUGAUAUGAUUGUAAGAAUUUUUACAAAUAAAUAAACAAAAAAUAAUAGUAAAUAUCACCACUGUAUUUUUCUUCACAUAAUACAUUCUCAAGCCUUUCAAAGAGCUUCAACAGCAGCUAGGCACCAGGUUUUGACCUCUCAGGACGAGAAGAAUUUAUCUAGAGAAUUUAUUUCUUUGGUUUAGCAUUUGUAGGUGAAGCUGGGACUUUAUGAUAUAAAAAA